AAACAUGCAGCUGUGGUAAUAAAUAUUCAGUAAACGUGGAUUCAACUUCUUUCGUUACUGGAUCUAGCAUGUUUUUAUCAACCUGUUAUUUUAAUAAAUUAAUUUUCACAAAUGUUUUUAUCCAUUUUAAAAAAUCGUGGUUUACACUGAAGAAAUACCGGAAACGCAUAUUUUUUUUGGGCAUGUUAUGAUAUCGCAUUUCAUGCUGAUGACACCAAUGUCAACAAUAUCGAUGCUUGGCACUUCUGUUUUUAUUUUUGGCUUUGCAUAAAGGUUGACAUUUAGCAGAAAUUGUUAAUUAUGACUAACCCGGCAAUGAAUGAUGAAAUACUGGACAUCUUGUUUGAUAAAGAUGAUCCACUUCUAAGAGACAUUGACUGCUACAUUGGUGAUGAUCUUACAGGCAAUUUUGAGCAGCUACACAAUUCUCUACACCAGCCAGAAGAAAAUAUCAAUAACCCAGAUUUCUGGAAUGCUUUUUUAAAAGAUGUUGCUAAGGACUACGAAUUGGGAAAAACAUCGAGUGAAAGUCAUGAGACAGAUACAAAUUCUCACUAUAGUGAAAGUUUAUCACCUCAGAGUGCAUCAUCAGGUUCCGAAAACUCUGAUUUUCCUGUCUUUAUGGAAACUGUUUGUGUAGAUUCUGGAAAGAAUUCUGAAUCGUGUGUUGAAUUGUAUCCUGAUAACCAUGAUUAUGCUUGUUACAGUCCUCAACAUGUAUCAGAAUCUUCCAUAGAUUUAGGAGCUGAUAUUAUAGUAGUUACAUCUGAAAUUUCUACCACUGAGGACUCUAACCUGUCUUCUGUCUUAGUUCCUGAAAGUAUAAUUACAACUAAAUCACAAAAAUCUGUUAGUACUGGAAGGAAGAAAAGGAAUUUAGGAGAUGACAUAAGUCUCUUUGAUUCUACUUCAGACACUUUGCACUUAACAGAAGAGGAAAAAAAAUUAAUGAGAAAAGAAGGCUUACAGAUUCCAACUCAUCUACCACUUACUAGAGCUGAGGAAAGGGAACUUAAAAGGAUUCGAAGAAAAAUUCGAAAUAAACAAUCUGCUCAAGAAAGUAGAAAACGCAAAAAAGAUUAUAUUGAUGGCUUAGAAAACAGAGUAAAAUUGUGUACUUCUGAAAAUGUUCGUUUACAGAAAAAAGUUCAAACAUUGGAAAGUCAACAAAAGUCUUUGCUUGAUCAAAUUAAGCAACUUCAGUCCAUAAUUGCAAAUUCAACAGGAAAGCAAGUUCAAACAAGCACAUGUCUAAUGGUCCUUAUUGUAUCAUUUGCAUUACUUCUACUGCCAAGCCUUUUUCCAAAUUCUUUACAAUCAAAACUAAUGUCUCCUGUUAAGAAUGAAGCUCCUCCUGGAUCAUCUCGUGUUCUGCUAUCUUCACAAGAUAUGGAAUCUAAUAAUGUGGAAGUUAAAGGAAAUGGAGAACACAUCAACAAAAGCCAGGAUUACACGAUUAUUCCAAGAAAACCAGAAUUUCUUGAAGAAGCCCAUCCCCCAAUGUUCAAGGGCUUUGAGGAACCUGAUUUGAAUCCUCCAAAACGAUUUCGGGUCUCCCCAAAAUAUGAGAUUCCAUCUCCUGGCUAUCAUACAGAUGAAGAUGGUACCCUGAAGCAAAAUGAAAGCAAUUACAUCCAAAUUCAUGAUACUGGGCACAUAAAUAGAAAAGUUGUUUUUAAGUAGAGAUUAGUUGUUGAAAUAUGUUUGUGAUGUUUUUAAUUAUUUACAUUUAUUUUCAUAUGUUGGUUGGGGAGUAAGAAAAUGCAUUGUUUUGUGUUGCUGCAGGGUUUUUUUUGCAAGUUUCAGUUGAAAGUUAUCGUUAUGCUAUUUGUUUUGUUAAGAUUGAUUUUUGGAUAGAGAAUUCGGUUAUGUUAUGUUAAAUGGUUUCUAUUUCAUUUUAUAUCAAUUUAUGAACUCUUCAAAUAUUUCAAAAUUUAUAUUGUUUUGUGUAUUGAAAUAUUUGUCUAUUGAAUAUUAUAAUAUUAAAAAAAAAUUGUACAGUCAUUCAUUCUUUGAAUGUAUUCAUGUUUAUUUUUUAUAAUUUUUCCACCUUCCCCUGAUCAUAACUUGAUUGUUUAUUAAUCAUAUGUUUAUGAAAAAACAUUAUUUAAACAUAUCCAUUGGAUAGUGACAUUAUUUAAAGUAAUAACAUCAAAAUCAGUACGGUUGCUGUGUGUUGUAUGACAGCAUUAAAGAAAUCAUAAAGCAAUACUUUAUAAAACAUAUAUUUUAUAUAGCAUAGCAUAGCUAAUGAAUUAUAUUUGAUAUGAGGUAUAAUCUUUUAUUUCUGUUUAAUAAGUAUUUACAGUAAGUAAUUUAAUGAACUCAUUGGAGCAUGAAAUUGUCCAUAAUCUUGUGUUACGUAAAUCAUUAGGCUUUGCACUAAUAAAAAUAUGUAAUAAAGAAUAUGUUUGAAAUUAUAUUUUAUAAAUUAAAGUCGGAAAUAAAAUUAUGUGAAGUAUUUAAUAUAAAUACUUUAUUAGUAACAAAAAAAUAUUUAUAACUGUGUAUUAGAGAAUGGGAGAUUCAAAUUAUGAAUCGGAUUCUCCCUAUAAAAUCCAUAGUCCAUUGAUUCAAAGUGUCAUAUAUAAGAUGUAUGAUGAAUUCUAAUUGCUAAUCAGAUGUAAUGUUAAAUAUAUGAUCCUGAGAUUUUUUUUGUCUAUGACCUUUCUGAAAUUCUGUUUCUUUUAAUUCUGUACUAUGUGAAUUAACACAUAUUAAUCAUUUUCCUCUUUAGAUAUUUUCUCAACAAAAAAUGUUAUUGGAUCAAAAUAUAUAGUGAUAUUUCCCCCCCUCCUGCCUUAACUGUGAUUAUGAAAUUAAGUUUACCACUUUUUUUAUUCAAACAGUAUUUUAUUAUUCUUAAUGAGGGAAAAUAUUAUUCUUCAGACUAUUAUGUAUUAGAAUGUUAACAAGUUAAGUUGAAAAGUUGACAAUUUCAUUCAUCUUGCGUAUCAAUAAUAUUGCACAAUGAGUUGUCAAACAAAGUAAUGUGCUUACUAUUGAAUGAAUUGAAGUAAAUGCAUUGGUUUUGUAUUGCUAAAGGGUCUUUUUUUUUUUUUUUUUUAAGUUUCAAUUUAAUUUAUUGUUAUGCUAUUUGUUAAAAUUAAUUUUUGGAACAUUGUCUUUUUUCAUUAUGUCAUUUAUGAUAUAUUUUGUCAUAAUAAUCAGUACUUUUACAUUAAGUAGGUCCGAUAGCAUAUGUGCCUUGUUACAUAAUAGUCUGGAAAAACCAUUUGUUAAAAGAAGGUUACAAGAAGGAGAAAAAUAUGAAAAUCAUUAUAUUAUUCUUUUUGAAAUCAUAUUUUUUUUAUAAUGGCUUAUUGAUAUUUAAAACUUUCAACACUACCAAUGAGAUAUCUCGUCAAUAGCAUUGAAAGUGUUAAUGAUUUUGAGGCAAGUUAGAAAAAGAAUGCUGGUAUAUGUACAUUCUUUAUGUCAUUAUCCCAAAUUUACAUUGAGAUAAAAGAAUAUCUGAACGAUUAUCUUAUGAAAAUUAUUGUGCCUCCAAGUACUUGGGGAACCAUUUUGUUCCACUUGGAUUUUAUUAUAGGUAAAAUACUAGUAGAGAAAAAGUAAACAAGAAAUUCACUCAAAUUUAUAGCAAGUUCAUAAAUAAACGUAAGCCUUUUUUAAUAAAUAAAAUGCAUAAUUUGUUAUUUCUAAUACAUGAUAUCAUUAUGCUUUCAUUUUCAUGCCAAGGAGAGUUUUUAUUCAUGAAGUCAUUGUUAUGUUAUUAACAUAUAUUCAUUAACUUUUCUACCGUGCUAUUUUGUUCCUUUUAUUAUUCUUUUGAUAAAUGUUUUAAGUUUCUUCCCUCUUAGUUGAGCUAGAGGUAAUAGUUUCUCAAGAUUUUACUUAAGUCAUUAAUUUGUUAUGUCAAAUAGAAACUAGCUUUAAAAUGUAUUUUUUAGUAGUAUUUCAUGUAUACCCUGUGUUUUUACAUUUAUUAUUCUUGUAUAUGAUGACAUGUUUUCUGUCAAAACUAUAUGUGAUAUUAAAAUGAAAGGUUAUAUUUUUUGAAAGGGCAGGAAAAAACAAUGCAAUAAUUCUGUAGUUUAUUUUUAUAUAGAAAAUAUUAUUUGUAUUACUGUUGGCUAUGUGUCAGAAUGAAAUUUUGUCUGCAUGAAAAGUAAACAUCCUCUAAUACAAAAAUUGAAUAUUUUUAAUUUUUUUUCUUAUAUUUUACAUAGUGCCAUCAUUUUUCAUUUAAAGCUGUUCUUUAAUUCUGGAAAUCAUAGGUAGUUAGUUUCACUUCUUUUCCAUUGCUGAUUUUUGGAAUUUAAUUUUCCAAUAUACAAACAGCUUAAAAAAUUUAUUAAGUUUAUUGUUUCUGUUUAUCUUGAAAAUUUUACUAUUGCUACUUCAAUAUGAUGUAUAUAGAUGAAUCAUCUUUGUUAUUUUAAACAAUUUAUAUUUAUAUGGUGCUUUAAGAGUUUUCCUUACAGCUUAAAGGAAUAUGUUAUUUGCUUUUGUAUGCACUUUUGGUGAUCUUGAAAAUCAAAUGAUAAAUAUCAAAUUAUGAAAUGAAGUGUGAAAAAAUGAGAGUUGAGCAUCUGUUGGGCUGUUAUUCACUCACCAAGUAUAGAUUGUGACCUCACAAUUGCAUGGAUUAUUUUUUAUUAAUAAAACAGCUUUGUUAGCAUUCUC